AUGAGCUCUGAACGCGAUAUUGCCAUUUAUACAGCUCAAAUCCUUGAUCAAACCAAUCUUCCUGAGGAAAUGAUUACUCUCAUGAAGCGAGUAAUCGAAUUAAAUCCAGAUCUUAACGAUGAUGAAAGAAAUCUCUUAUCAGUUGCAUACAAGAACUCCAUUAACCAAACAAGAAAAGGACUUCGUGAGAUUAAGGCGUACAUACAGGAGCAACAAAAUGAUGGGCAAUAUCCAAAUCGUCUUAACCAACUUUUAGAAUUCAAGCAACAAAUGUUUAAAGAGCUCGAAGCUAUAUGCAAUGAUUUAGUACAGCUUGUUGACGAUUCUCUUAUCCCUGCUGCUACUACUUCUGAAGCUCGCGUUUUUUAUGAAGGUCUCAAGGCAAAUUAUUAUCGUUAUGUUUGUGAAUUCAUUGACGAUGAUGAUGAAAAGAAUACUGUCGCUGAAAAAGCUAACCAAUGCUACAAUUCUGCAAUCGAAAUUGCAAAGAAUGAUAUUCCACCUUACAAGCCAUCCUAUCUUGGCUUGCUCUUAAAUUACUCCGUCUUCCUCUAUGAAAUUCUCGAUAAGAAAGAGGAAGCAAUCGAAUUAUCACAGCGCACUUACAAUGAAAGCUCUCCACUCGUAGAAGAGAAUAGCGAAUCAUCAUUUAACAAUGCUACAAUGAUUCUUAACCUUAUAUCUGAAAACCUUGCAAUUUGGAAUAAUCCUGGUAAUUAG